AUCGUGAAACGAAUUGAAUCGAGAGUGGAGAGUAUCGUUAGACCGUAUUGAAAGUCGAUUUUCUCAGUAAAAAAGCUUGACACGGGAAUCAAUCUGGCAACCCAGAGAGGAAGGAGCAAAACAGCAAAGCCACCGAGAAAGGAAGGAACGACAUAGAGACUUUACUUCAACUUAGCUGAGCUAAACUAUUAUCUGUUUAUAUAAACGUUAUAAAAUGAAGAAAGAAGCGCUGUAACGUCUGGUUCACACACAUUACCCGCUAACACAUCAGUCCAUAAUGCAAACGCACUGAAAGCGCUGUGUAACAAUUCGACUGAAACAGAUUUACACACAUUAGCCAGCUAAGUUAGCGAGAUAGCAUAGAAGUUAGCGUUUUAGCUAACAUAAUUCCUUUCUGCCUGGCUUAAGUCGUUUAAAAUUCGUAAGAGAAAAUUCAACGGAGCUGGAUUUUACUCUGGAAGCUCAAGAACUCUUUCACGCCAGUCCCGUUGCCUUAUGAGAUAGCGCAGUGUCCAUUGGUUCCCUACUGCAGAAUCUCAGCGGACGCAAUGACAAGGUUAACUGUGUUGUGAUUAGCAUUUCCCAGGCACAUGGAAGGAUAGUUAACCAUUGGCUAUCCCCUCCCAUGCCGUGGAAACAUCAGGAUGAAGAAGACGUUUAGCCUUAAGACGUUCCGAAAGUCGUUCAACAUCAAGGGCAAAGAGGAUGGAGAUUUUGUGAUGCUCCAAAAGCCGUCGUUGGCCCCCGAGUUCACAAAAGAGGACUCUCUUUUUGGAAGUUGUUAUGCCAAAGAGCUAGCUUGUGACCUCCAUGGUGAGGACACGAGGGCCCACAAGAACAGAUCCAAGAGUGAAGGUCUUAUGGGGACCUUAAAAAGGAGACUUUCUUCCAAGCAGAAACCUAAAAGUAAAGGAGGGUCAGCCUCAGUGGGCUUGGGAGACGAUGACGAUACGUUCUCAUCCUCUUCGGUCCCCAUAAGCUUUAAUGAAGCCAAAGCCCAGCGCCCUUUAAGAUCAGCUUCCCUGCGGAGUCAUCACUACAGCCCUUCGCCUUGGCCCAUACGUCCCGUUGACCCUGAGGAAGCCUGUAUUAAGAUGGAAGUGAAGGUAAAAGCCAUGGUUCACACACCUAGCUCCAGUCCAUCCCUCAACGGCGUCAGAAAAGAAUUCCAUGAUAUACAAAUGGAGGGACUUUUUGAUGAUCGAAGCGAAUCUAUGAAGAAUUUAGAGCCUCCAAACAGUAACUUGCAUUUAAACAUGGAAGAACACGUGCCUGUAGUUAUAGGACUGACACCUCAGGACUACAUCCAGUACACAAUGCCUUUAGAUGAGGGAAUGUACCCCGAAUCGUCCCACUCGUUGUGCUUGGAUGGCACCUCACCAAUAGAGGUGAUGGAACAAGUCAACGACCAGUCGUUGAAUGUGGAUCAAGGCCAUGUUGACCAUGAUCUUUUAACAUCGGAUAUUCUCAUGGAUCAAUCCAUGAAUGGGAUUGUACUUGGUACUCCGGGAAUAGUCCUUCAAAAUUCAGGAUCCGAGGCUCCUUCACUUUCGCCUUCACUUUCCCCUGUUUCCGGUGGUGAAAUUCCAAGAACCUAUUCCGGAUUUGGCGGUGCCGAUUCACACGUUGCCGAAAGAGUUAGGCACCAUCUCAAUUUCGACCCGAAUUUUGCUCCUGGUGUCAGCAGGGUAUACGAUUCAGUACAAAGCAGUGGACCGAUGGUUGUCACGAGCCUUACAGAAGAGCUGAAGAAACUGGCAAAGCAGGGUUGGUACUGGGGACCUAUAACGCGGUGGGAAGCCGAGGACAAACUCAUCGACCUUCCGGAUGGUUCCUUUUUGGUGCGCGAUAGCUCUGACGACCGUUAUCUUCUCAGUUUGAGCUUUCGAUCGCAAGGCAAGACUCUUCACACCAGGAUCGAACAUUCGAACGGAAGGUUCAGCUUUUACGAACAGCCCGAUGUAGAAGGUCACACGUCCAUCGUUGACCUCAUCGAGCACUCCAUUAAGGACUCGGAAAACGGCGCGUUCUGUUACUCCAGAUCGCGCCAGCCAGGAUCUGUCACGUACCCGGUUCGAUUGACCAAUCCCGUAUCUCGUUUCAUGCAAGUGCGUUCGCUGCAGUACUUGUGCCGAUUCGUAAUCCGGCAAUACACACGGAUUGACCUGAUUCAGAAACUACCUUUACCAAACAAAAUGAAAGAUUACUUGCAGGAAAAGCACUACUGAAGUGGGACACAGUAGUAAAAUUGCACUUUUGGAUCGAGUUGAUGUUAAAUGGUUUACAGACGUUUUGUGGAGUUGAAGUGAUCCGUUAGGUUUGUUUUGUAUCAAAAGCAUUAGUUUAUCUCAUCUUGGUAAAUUUGUUGUUGCUCAGAUUCAGUAUAAAGGUACACUUUCAUUUUGGAUCUAUCGGGGAACCUGACAGUAGAAUUCUAGUCAGAAAUACGUGAUGAACAGUAGUUCUCUUCUGAGUCCUUGAAACGAAUACUUUUGAUUUAUGCCGCUGUUAUAACAUGUAUGGCGUUCCAUAUUUUUUUAGUCCAUUAAAGGAAAAUUCCACCCUGAAAGUCAUUAAAUAUGCUUAUAUUUAAAUGUUUGUGAUGUGUCUAGAAACAGUUCUGGUGCAGAUUAUUUGAUUGGUGGCGUAUUCGCGUCAACGAUAGUGUAGUUGCAACCGUGUUUAAAUGCGAGGGGUAAAAACAAUCUCAACCAUAAGUGAUAACAGUCAGGAUUUGCUGUUUGUGGCAAAAAAAAGAGAAAGUUUCUUUUCUCACUCACCCUUUCCCAGUGACGUUUAAAAUCCAACCAGGAGGCAAGAAUCAGCUCAGUUAGUUAGCAAUAAAGGACGUGAUGAGCACGAUGACACCGACGGCGGUAAUAGCAUGAAAGUUGAAGUUUUGGAAGCGGAUCCGUUUGAGCAGAGUGUACAGAUUAAGAGGUGAGAGAGCUGGACAGACUAAAGGACUACAGCACUGCUGCAUCACUGUCUUUAAAUAGAGAGAUGCAAGUGCUAAAUCUCACCGUACCACUAUCAGCAGGUAGUCGAACAGCAUUGUGGGGGAUGUAGAAACUCUUAGCCAAAGUGAAAAUAGACCCAUGAAACAAGUUUAAACAAAGAAAAUAUUUUAAAAUCAACUCAGAAUUUCAUUCCGAAAUAAAUCUCGGACAUUUACAUUUACAUUUAUGCACUUAGCAGACGCUUUUAUCCAAAGCGACUUACAAAUGAGAAAGUACUGGACAUCACUGAAGAUCACGUUACUUACGAAAAACGAACAUGCACAUCGUUCGGGGUGGAUUUUUCUUUUAAGGGUCGUUGAUGCUGAUAAAGUCAAAAUAAGCUCAAGAAUCAGGAACAGCUAGACAUGACCGACCCAUGUCAGAGCAGAAUAUUAACCAGGCUUAGAAAUCUGUGCUUAAUUAUUUAAUUGGCAUUUAUAUCACGCUAUUUGCUCCAUGUCUGUUAAUACAUAUCAGUGCAAGGGCAAGAGGAUUGAUUGGUGCGUUAACAGACGCAUCAAUCCGUUCUAAUUAAAGCAGUCUUGGUGACGCUCGGCUUUAUAUCUUGAUGUAUAAGUCAAGUUUUUCGUAAAUUCUCUUCUCUAAUUUCACAUGAAAUUACCAUUUUUUAAAAUUGACAUUGGUACUUUCAUUUAGAUUAAUUGAGUAGAUUAAUUAAAUGGCUGUCCAAAUGUAAUAACACAGAUUCAAUUAAAAUGCAGAUUUUGUAGUGAAGUGCAAUUUGGCCAAUAAGGUGCUUCCCUUUUUGAUUGUGUGAGGAUGAUCUGUUCCUUGCUCCUGCCUAAAUUUACAAAAUGGUGUCUUGUGAGCUGGUCAGAAGUGAGCACGGUGUAUCUUGCCAUCGAAAGCAUACGAUUCGGCUCUCCAGAACUGAACUGUAAACUUUUCCAUUUCUCAUAUUUUUAUAUACACUUUUACAUCAUUGCCCAGUUUAUUAGUCACGCACCAAGACCCGACGGCCUACCAUCAUCUCAGUUUCAGUUUACCUUGCUCAGAGCUAACAAUAAUAAAUAAUAAUGCAUCUUCAGUGGCAGCUAUGGAUAAACAUUUGCAAAUGGCUGAAUUUAGUGUCCGAUUUAGUUACCUCUGAUUAUUUGCGCAGAAACGAGACUGCACCUGACGCUCAGGUUCCUUGAUUAGCAUGUUCAUACAAUUUCCCAAAUCUCUGCAACAACAAAUUAACAGUUUAUACCAUUGCAAAUGCAAAUUCGUAUUAGGCAUGCGCCGAUAAUCGGUUAUAUAAUAUAGAAAGAUAUUCACCUGACUAAUUUGUCUUACCAUGGACACAAGAUAUCAUUAAUAACCCUGUGUUCCAUUCAGGUAGAGGCUGCUGAGCGAGUCAGCAGAAAGUCUGCCUUGCUUGAAAGGCUUUAUUUUAGACAGAUUUGAAGGCAAUCCUAGUAACUGUGUUAAUGAGAUUUUAGAAAACGAUGUAAUCAUGUAAUCAUUCAGUUAUAUUAUUAUGUUAGAAAAAUGCAAUAUCGGCACAUGCCUUAACAAAUAUUUUGUCACAUAUCCAACAUGCAGGUCAAACAAACAUGCCAAGGAUCUUGUUGUGUUCAAAGGGAACAGAUGAAGAAUGCUGUUUUUUUUUUUUUUUUUUUUUUGUUAUGUUUCUAUGUUUGAUAUUUGUGCUUCCUACAGUAUUUCAUCAAAUUGUUUUAUCACUAUCAAUGUUGUGUUUUAACAUCUUGGUUUACCCCCCAAACAUAUCGACUUAAUAUAAAGAGCAGUUGCUAAAUAGUAAUCGAUGGAUUAAUUACUGUCAGUGGGAGAAACGGUUGUGAAACCCGGGUGAGUGACGUCAUUCACUAGCACAGCUUUAUAAAGAUGUGUCACUUCGUUUGCGAAUAAAGUUCAUCAACACAAAGAUAUUAAUGCAUAUAAGGCGAAUCUGAGCCAUUUACAAUGAUUUAGAUCAGUGUUUCCCGGUCUUGCUCAGCAGAUUUCAGUGAUUUGAAAGCUGAUGAAUUUAAACAGUGUGUUAAUGUAGGAAACACACCAAAAUGUGUAGUGUAAAGUUUACGUGAAAAGUGGUAUUGAAAAACUGCGGAAUGCAACUUUCAGUGCGAGUAGUAUGAAUGUAAGUUGCUACUACAUUUUUACGUUUAAGAAGUACUAAAAAAUGUUAGCGUUUGUACCAAGCGACAAAGUUUAAACAGACUAAACAGACACCAUGUGGAGGACAAUAUAGCAAAAAUAUAUUUCACAAUAUUUAAAAAAAAAAAAUAUUUCAGUUGUAAAGGCAUUUUAACGAGGGGGCGCAGUGGCUUAGUGGUUAGCAAGUUUGUCUCGCACCUCUGGGGUUGGGGUUGUCUCUGCCUUGUGUGCGCCUUAUGUACCCCUCUUGCUUCAGGGGUCUCCUCCGGGUACUCCGGUUUCCUCCCCCAGUCCAAAAACUUGUGUUGUAGGCUGAUUGGCGUUUCCAAAUUGUCUGCAGUGUGUGAAUGGGUGUGAUUGUGCCCUGCGAUGGGUUGGCACUCCGUCCAGGGUGUCCCCCACCUCGUGGCCCAAGUCCCUUGGGAUAGGCUCCAGGCUCCCAACGACCCUGUGUAGGAUAAGCAGCACAAACAUGGAUGGAUGGUAUUUUAAAUGUGAUCUAAGAAUGACUGAAACCCUUUCUUGUCUUAAAUUUAAGUCAAACCAAUUUUGUCUCCACACUUUUAUUUUGAACAAUGUAAGCGGCAAUACAGCAAACAAAGAAACAAACAGAAUUUAUGUAAAUGUAAAUGAAUUUACAAAAAAAAAGAACAAUCAAGAGUUGCUACGUCACAAACCAGUCCGACUAUAUUGCAAAGAUAGCUAAUGGUUUUAAUAGCCUCUUAAAAGAUGUGACAAAGACAACAAACACAUCGAAUGUGCUACAAUUAAAUUUAAAUUUGUGGACAACAAAUUUAUCACGUGCUUGAACAAAGUCAUCGGGUAGUAAUGAAUAACUCAUGAUGACCUGUGUUAUUAUUGAUUGGGGGGGGGGGGGAUCAAUGAUGAGGUGUGAUGCUGUUACUACUCUGAAGUGUUUUAUUCCUCUUAUACCACAGUAAUUACAAUUUUAUUAAAGAAUGUCAUUUCAUACUUUUUAUCUGUUUAUAGUUACAUUUAAUGUUGUGGAAUGUCCACGAAGUUAGUUCCUGUUAUUGUUUCCUCACCAGAUAAAAUAUCGCUUUUUACGGUGAAAUUGCAAAGCAGAAAGCGAUUUAAGACUGUUACAAAGCACUGACAUUGGAGACUCCUUCCAAAAAUGCUUAACAAACAAUAGUUUGCUUACAGAAGACAUUUUUUUUCAAACCUGUUCAUGUGGCUUAUGUGCCGUAGAAGUCCCUGUGUAAGAAGUUAUUAUAUUAACGAUAGAACCCGUGAUUUGAAUUUCAGCUGGAUCUACUGUCAGAGCUGCUGUUAUAGAAAAUUAAUCAACACUUCCUGACUAAUCAGAUUUGAGAAUUCAACAGUGCUGAAACGACAAAAUAUCACCAUCGAAACUCACUAGUUUUAAUCUCUCACUAUGUGGCUUAAAGCAGACUCUGCACUUUGAAUUACCUUUGAACUGGUGCAGCUUGCUGCUGAUCUGUAUCAUGUUGAUGUAGCAAAUAAUAAAUAAAUAAUGUACACUAUGAAGAGAUUUCCCCAGAAAGCUCAUAAACUAAGAAAUCCCAGGAGGAAAAAUUAGCCAAAAAAAAAGGUAGCACAAUAAUGUACUGCGCAAACAUCUAAUCAACUUCAUUUGGUGUUUUUCUGUCAUUUGGUGUUUUGAAGAUGGUGGUGGAAAGUACUAACACACCAGUCUGCCAUAGGUUUUUCACUUAGGUUGAGAUCUGGUGAGUGUGGAGACCACAGCAUAUGACUUGCAUCAUUUUCAUUCUUAUCAAACUAUUCAGGGAGCCGUCGUGCCCUGUGGAUGGGGUCGGACUCAUCCUGAAAGAGACCGCUCCCAUCAGGAUAGUGAUGUUUAAUCAUAGGAUAAAGAUGAUCAUUCAGAAAGUGUUUGUAUUGACUUGGAAUGAAUCUUCCCUCUAAGGGAACAAGUAGACUCAAACCAUACCAGCAAAAUAAAUGCAUUCCACAGCAUAACAGAGACACAACUAUUUUUCUGUGUCACCCAUCUGUAUUUACUUUUCACACACACUAUACAGAUAGAGUCUUUAUAGUGUUCUCACAGAAGACAUGUGGUGACAGGAGGUGAUCAUCAAUUUGGCUUUUUUUUUUUCUUACACCGGCGGUAAAUGUUAGGAAAGAACCAAAAUGGUAAAUGACCACUGGUAAAUACCAAAAUAGAUCAGGCUAGCUGUGCCCUUGAACACUUUGUGACUAUG